AAGAUCCUAUCCUCGCACACACAAAAUCUCACACAUUCCCGGACAAAUACACAGAGAGAGAGAGAGAGAGAUUUCUGAACCAAACCCUUCGUCUCUCUGUUUAUCGCCAUGACUGCAACUCUUUCCACAACCUUAGACAUCAACUGCCGGAUACCACACACUUCAGACACAACUCGCCCAAUUCACCUUCCCUCUAGGCUUCAAACCAGAAGAUUCACCAUCUCUUGUAGCUCCUCAAAAUCCCCUCCAAAGCCUCCGCCGCCAGAUUUGGCUGAGGGCCGCCACCAAAACCCUUCUUUAUCCGACCAACUCCGGCCAAUCUCCACUACCAUCCUCUCCGACACUCCAACCAAGGAACAAUCCCCCAAAACCCAUCUCCUAGUCAAGCCCAAAUCCACCUGGGUCAACCCCACUAGACCCAAACCCUCUGUGCUCAGCCUCCAGCGCCAGAGGAGGACUCAGCACUCUUACAAUCCCCAAAUCAGGGAGCUCAGGUUCUUUGCCAAGAAGCUCAAUGACUGUGACUCCUCUGAAGCUGCUUUCUUGGCUGUCAUUGAGAAAAUCCCACAUCCACCCAACAGGGAAAAUGCACUUUUGGUGCUCAACAGCUUGAGGCCAUGGCAGAAGACCCUUCUCUUCUUCAAUUGGAUCAAGACCCAGAACUUGUUUCCUAUGGAAACGAUAUUCUACAAUGUCACAAUGAAGUCAUUGAGGUUUGGUAGGCAGUUUCAUCUGAUAGAAGACCUUGCUUAUGAUAUGAUAAACAAUGGAGUUGAGCUUGAUAACAUCACAUAUUCCACCAUUAUCACUUGUGCCAAAAGGUGCGAUCUUUUUGACAAGGCUGUGGAGUGGUUUGAGAGGAUGUACAAGACUGGUCUGAUGCCUGAUGAGGUCACCUAUUCCGCUGUGCUGGAUGUGUAUGCUAAACUGGGGAAGGUUGAGGAGGUGAUGAGUUUGUAUGAGAGAGGGAGGGCCAGUGGGUGGAAACCUGACCCCAUUGCUUUUGCCGUGUUGGGGAAGAUGUUUGGUGAAGCUGGGGAUUAUGAUGGAAUUAGGUAUGUGUUGCAAGAGAUGAAGUCACUUGGGGUGCAGCCUAAUUUGGUUGUGUACAAUACAUUGCUGGAAGCAAUGGGCAAGGCCGGGAAGCCUGGCUUGGCUAGAAGCUUGUUUGAGGAAAUGGUGGAUUCAGGAGUCACCCCAGACGCAAAAACACUAACCGCGCUGGUGAAGAUUUAUGGCAAGGCUAGAUGGGCUCGAGAUGCGCUGGAGCUGUGGAAGAGAAUGAGGUUGAAUGGGUGGGUGAUGGAUUUCAUUUUGUACAACACAUUGUUGAGCAUGUGUGCUGAUCUUGGGUUGGAGGAGGACGCGGAGAGAUUGUUCGAGGAUAUGAAGGGAUCAGAGCAUUGUAAACCGGAUAGUUGGAGCUACACUGCAAUGCUCAACAUCUAUGGCAGUGGGGGCAAGGUGGAUAAGGCAAUGGGGUUGUUCAGGGAAAUGUCUGAGUUAAGUGUUGAGCUGAAUGUUAUGGGAUGCACUUGUUUGAUCCAAUGCUUGGGGAAAGCCAAGAAAAUUGAUGAAUUGGUUAGGGUUUUUGAAGUGUCAAUGGAAAGGGGUAUCAGGCCAGAUGAUCGGCUGUGUGGGUGCUUGUUGUCUGUUGUGUCCUACUGCGAGGAAGGCGAAGAUGCAAGUAAGGUUCUUGCUUGUUUACAGCAUGCAAAUCCAGAAUUGGUCGCAUUCAUCAAAUUGCUAGGGGAAGAUAAGACUAGUUUUGACACAAUCAGAGAGGAGUUUAGAAGCAUACUCGGUGCAACUGCAGUUGAUGCUCGGAGACCCUUCUGCAAUUGCUUGAUUGAUGUAUGUCGAAAGAGGAACCUCCAUGAGAGAGCCCACGAGCUGCUCUAUUUGGGUUCUGCACAUGGCUUGUACCCGGGUUUGCAUACGAAGACAUCUGAAGAAUGGCGGCUGAAUGUUCGAUCACUGUCUGUGGGCGCGGCACAAACUGCACUCGAAGAAUGGAUGGGCACUCUAACACAAAUGGUUCGGCGCCAAGAACCAUUGCCAGAGCUGUUUUCUGCUAGUACUGGUGCAGGUACCCACAAGUACUCUCAAGGACUGGGUUGUGCUUUUGAAUCCCAUGUGAAGGAACUAGUUGCCCCAUUUAGGCAGAGUGAAGACAAAGCUGGCAUUUUCAUCUCAACCAGAGAAGAAAUCAUAUCCUGGGCACAAUCAAGAGUUCCAUCUCUUGCUACCACAGAUGACGAAACAAGAUUGAACCAAUAGUAACUAAUUACGGAAGCAAUAGCUGCAGUAAAGUCGGAAUGCUAUUCAAUUCAUUUGCAGGCUAUUGCCUAUUUGUAACUUUGUUUCAAAUUUUUGAUUUGAGAAUACACCUAUAAAUUCCUAACUUAAA